AGAGACAGAUAGACUGAGAGAGAGAGAGAGACAGAGAGACAGAAGGAGAAAGAGAGAGAGUGGAAUUCCCCCGCGCAGCCAGUAGCGGCAAGGCGUGUUUCAGCUCCUCUGGCUCCCGGACUCCUCUGUCAGAGAUGUAGCCGAUACCUGUUACCGAGGGAGACGUAAAACCCGGCGGGUGCAGGAUUUAAGGACUACCAGCAACAACAAGCCUUCGGGUAUAUUUGUGGUGGACCGUAAAUGUAUUUCUGUGUGGGGGUAACAUUAUACCUAACAUCGCACCGACUCCUUUUGGAAGACACUUCCUCCUGUUUGUUCCAGUUGACAGAGACUCCAGGGGGGAAGAUGGAUCUGCGUUUAUAAUAGGGCCACAACUUGGAUACGAACAGCAGUCAAAAUGCAGAGUUUACUCGUGGGAGUUAGUGAGCUGACCCCGCUUUAAGACAUGACGGGUCAGACCCUGGGGAGACCAGGCGGCAGGGCUCACAUGGAUGACAACGCCGCCAUCUGCAUCAAUGUUGGCGGCUUCAAGAAGCGUCUUCAGUCCGAUACUCUAUCCAGGUUCCCCGAGACGAGGCUUGCACGUUUACUCCAAUGUCAGUCUAAAGAGUCCAUCCUGGAGCUGUGCGACGACUACGACGACACCGAGAGAGAGUUCUACUUUGACAGAAACCCCGCACUUUUCCCCUACGUGUUGAAUUUCUACAACACGGGGAGGCUGCACGUCAUGGCUGAGCUGUGCAUAUUCUCCUUCAGCCAGGAGAUUGAGUACUGGGGCAUCAACGAGUUCUUCAUCGACUCCUGCUGCAGCAGUGCCUACCACUGUAGGAAGAUGGACCAGGACCGGGAGGACUGGGAUGAGAGGAGCGAUGAAGGGAGCACCACUUCCUCUUUUGACGAUCUGUUGGAGUUUUAUAGCGACGCCACCAAGUUUGACAAGCAGCUACUCGGGGGCGCACGGAGGCGCGUGUGGCUCAUGCUGGAUAACCCUGGCUACUCGGUGGCCAGCCGCAUCAUCAGCAUCCUCUCCAUUCUGGUGGUGCUAGGCUCCAUUGCCACAAUGUGCAUGAACAGCAUGAGCGAGUACAGCCUGUUGGACAGUGAUGGGCAACCCACAGAGGACCCCUGUUUCGAGACUGUGGAGCAUUUUGGCAUCGGCUGGUUCACCCUCGAACUGGUCGCUAGGUUCAUGGUGGCGCCAGAUCUUCGCCAUUUCUUCGAGCACCCGUUAAAUAUAAUCGACCUGGUGUCCAUACUUCCGUUUUACCUGACACUCCUUAGAAACCUUGUGUUGGAGAGCAGCCCGGCUCUGGCCAACCUGGGACGUGUUGCACAGGUGUUAAGGCUGAUGAGGAUUUUCCGCAUCUUGAAGCUGGCCCGUCACUCCACGGGGCUCCGCUCCCUGGGGUCCACCCUCAGGAAUAGUUACAAAGAGGUGGGCCUGCUGCUGCUCUACCUGGCCGUCGGGGUUUCGUUUUUCUCUGUCAUGGCCUAUACAGUGGAGAAAGAGGACAGCGAGGACCUCUCCACCAUCCCGGCGUGCUGGUGGUGGGCCACUGUCAGUAUGACCACCGUCGGGUACGGAGAUGUGGUGCCGCUGUCCAUAGCGGGAAAGCUGACAGCCUCUGCGUGCAUUCUGGCCGGGAUCUUAGUAGUUGUGCUUCCAAUUACACAAAUUUUCAACAAAUUUUCUCUUUUCUACAAGAGACAAAAACAGCUGGAGAUUGCAAUGAGGAGCUGCGAUUUCGACGAGGGGAUAAAAGAGGUGCCCUCGGUCAACCUGCGGAACUAUUACACACACAAAGUCAAAUCCAUUAUGGCGAGCUUGUCAAAUAUGAGCCGGAGUUCACCCAGUGAACACAGUCUAAAUGAAUCCAUACAUUGAAGCAGUUUGAUUCAGCUCAGGUUGGUUGACAUUUUGAAUGCGGCUGCAUAAGGAGCUUUCCAAAGUGCUAAAUCCCCUGUAUCAGAAGCCCACUUCCUUCCUCUCUGUAGCUCAGUGCAAUAAUGUGUUAAUCUAUUUGUCAUUCACAAUGAGAAAGUCAGAAAAUGUACAAAACCACCUGGAUAUGAUAUCUCACUGGGCAUUAUUAUGGCCCUUCACCGAAUAGGCCCAAGUUUGACCACAUUGGAUUAUAAAGACAGAAAUCCGUAGUUGUUUGCAGUCCUUAGACGGUGUCAUGGACUGCAUUUUGUCGGAACAACUUUGGCGCUGUUCCGAGUCCAUCCUCCAGUUGUACUUGUGGUGAUCAAAUAUGUCAGGAAGUAACUCUAGCUGUAUCUCUUUUGAAGGAGUGUUGAUGUGUAAUUAUGUUGCAACAAGAUUACUUCAGAUGUGUGGUUAAAGCAAACUGUAUUAAACAAAGAUACAGUACA